CUUCGUUUAACAUAACGGUGGAAUCGGCCCCUUGAGAAGUAAAAAUAAUAAUUAUUGGCCGUAUACAAUUUCAAUACGCCUUCAUAAUAGUGCAAUUUUUAUUUUUUUAUUAUGAAACACACAAGACCAUCAAAAUUUACUCAUUUAUGAAAAAAGAUUAUUCAUUUUUUAUGUUUCCAUUUUUCUAUUUCAGGACUGUUCAAAAGCAUGCAUCAUCCCCACAUAAUUUAAGACGAUACAGUUUUAGUGAAUCGGAAGGAACUGGAUUUUCAGGAAUACUCCAGAGAUGUCCACCACCCCUUCCUCCCACAUUUCUACGAAAAUUGGAUUAUAAAGAUAAUGGAGUCGGAAAGGUUAAAGUAAUAUUACGAAUUUCAAAUCCAGUAUGUUUGGGGGCCACCGCGGAUAUGGAUAGAUAUAACAGUUUUCUCACUUUAGAUAAACGAAAGAAACAAGUAACUUUAAUUGAUCCCUCCGUUUGUAAUGGGUUAACUCCAGAAGACAGACGUGUGGGUGUCGCUGCUCCUAAAAUGUUUGCAUUUGAUGCCAUUUUUUCUCAAGACGACUCACAGACGGAAAUCUGUUCUGGUGUCCUAACAGAUGUGAUUCAUUCUGUCAUAAAUGGAACCGAUGGCUGUUUAUUUUCAUAUGGGCAAGUGGGUUUAGGCAAAUCGUAUACAAUGUUAGGCACUGCUGAAAGUUCAAAUACAAUUGGAAUCAUUCCUUGUGCAAUAUCAUGGCUUUAUAAAGGCAUCAGCGAACAGAAGCAGAAAACUGGUGCUAGAUUUUCCGUCCGUGUUUCAGCUGUGGAAAUUGGAGGUCCGACCAAUCAAUUGAAAGAUCUUUUAAUAGGAUACUCCAGUGAAUCCGAACAAUCACCUGGGGUGUAUUUACAAGACGACCACUUAUUCACUAAUCAAUCCCCUCCACAUUGUGAACUGCGAGUACCAAGUGCUGAAAAGGCUGCUUACUACUUGGACGCAGCCAUGGAAUCCAGAAGUUUUUAUAAAGAAGAGAUGAGGGACUCACAUUUUUUGUUCACCCUUCAUAUCUAUCAAUAUAGUGUCGCUGGUAAAGGUGGAGUUGCUGGUGGAAGAAGUCGUCUUCAUCUAAUCGACUUAGGUAAUACCGAUCGUAGCAAAGCUAGCGGAGGUAUUCCUUUAUCUGGCGUGGGUAACAUAAUUCUUUCCAUACUCAAUGGACAAAAACAUUUGCCUUACAAAGAAAACAAGUUAACUCAAUUAUUAAAGGAAUGCCUGGGUCCUGUUACAUGUCACACUACAAUGAUAGCCCAUGUAUCGCCAUAUGUCCAAAAUUAUUUAGAUACUCUUACAACUGUACAAUUAGCUUCUCGAAUACAUCGAAUGAGACGAAGAAGGAUGAAAUUUGUUUCAACUAGCAUUAGUAAUAAUAGUUCCGGAGGAAGCUCCGGAGAAGAUGUAUCUAGAACAGGUACAAGUAGUGAACCAGAUCCUUCUAGUAGUGAUUUAUCUGCAGAUACUGUGAUAUACGUAGGUCGAGCCGAGGAAGCCACGGAUGGUGAACAUCCUCCUGUAUAUAUUCCUAGCCUUAAUUCAGGAGACAAUAGAUGUUCCAUGAGCAAAGCUUUAAAGGGCUCUAUAGCUGAACAUAAACUAACUCAAACAUCGAAGCCGAGUAAAUCUGGAGAAAAAAUAGCACGUUCAACAAAAUCUACUCAUAAUCACAGACUUUCAAGUCAUAGUAGCUCGUCAAGAUCGCCCAGUAGAAAAGAUUCAUAUAAAUUUAAAAUUGACACAGCUAAAUAUUUUUUAAAUGAUCGCAGUGAUGAACAGUGGAUUGAUGGACCGCGAAUUUCAAAAUCUAAAAUCGCAGAAGCAUUUCAAAUAAUGAAAGAAAAAUAUCACGUUCGUAAAUGUGAAACAUGGAUAGAUGGCCCUAUGAAAGAAGACGUUAGCACAGCUUAUGGAUAUAUGGAUAGUCAUAAAAAAUACAUGAUUAAAAAAUGGGUUGAAAAUCAAUCAGUACAGCUUCAAAAAGCAAAACAGGUAGUUCCAAAAGUGGCACAAGUCGUUAUACAAAAAGAUUCUAGCAAGGAGCCAAGUUAUUCCAAACAUAGUGAUGGUUUACAAGUUGCUGAGAUUUUAAAUAAAAAACAAAAAGUGUUGGAAAAACCUACAAAAGCUAAAGGUACAUUUACGGAUGAAGAUAACGAAGAUGAAGAAGAACCGGUGUUACCACCAGCUUUGCCGCUGAUUCAACCAUUAAGUAGUAGAGAAGUAUCAAUUGAAAGUUUAGAUCAGAUCCUUAGAGAACGUAUGCUUUCAUCUACAGAUUACGAUUUUCACGAAAAACAUUUAAUUGGAGAGAACUGUGAUGACAAUGAUGAAUUAGAAAUAAUAGAAGUAGAAGAGCCCUUAGAACCGGUACCUAUGAUAGAUAAAUGUUUGCAAGUUACAGAAGAAGAAAUAAAUUUGUGCAUGGGGAAGACUGAAAAUCCCUUACCAGAAGUUGAUCAGCAAUCUACUUUUAGUGAAGAAAAUUUAAGUGCAUUGUCUUCAUUUACCGAUUCUGUAUCUGUUUUUAAUGAUCUAGAAAGAAUUUUACCUCGGUACUUAGAUCUAAACGGCUACUAUAAUGAUUAUGAAGAUAUUGAUAAUCAUACUGAACAAAACAAUAUUGGAGAUGAUACAUUUAUUAAAAAAAUCAAUGACUCCAUUUUACAUAAUGCGUAUUGCACUAGGCUUGGAAAAACUGAAUUUACUGAUCUAGAAUCCUUGAAAGGUACUCAUUUAAUGAAAUCUAUGACGUUGACAGAUAUUUUAAUAAACCAACAAAAACAGAGAACAGAUGAAGGCAGUAUUUACAGCGAACCAAUUUACUUACAAGAAAGAUUUUGUGAAAAUUGUAAAGCUAAUAUGUAUCGAUCCAAUAGAGCAUUAAAUGAGUAUACACCUUUUUUUAGUAUUACGCCAAAUAUGGGUGAAAAUCCGCAAUUUGAAAUAGGUGGACGAUUCCAAAGAUAUAGUCAUAAUGAAAAAGAACUUUCGGAGUUACGUCAGCCAGAUGGAGCUUCUAAUCCGAAUUUACAGGAAGGAUAUGAAAGAAUACCUGGAAGUGGAGCUUGUUCUGUCGAUAUGGUUUCAGAAUUUGUAAAUACUCAGUCUUUGAUUCACCGUAAUAUUCACUCAAUAGAAAAGAAUAACCGACGUGUUAUGAAUUUUGAGACUGGAAUAGCUGCCAUUAAAUUAAAACAUAAAUAUAAUAAUUUACAUAAGUCUGAAGAUUAUGAUAGUGGAAAUGAUUCUGUACAUAGAACGUCCAAACUUAGUCCAUCUGCAAUUUCUCGAAAAGUUGAAAGUGGAUAUGAUAGUACUAUCGGAAAUAGUGAAAUUUCCAUAACUGAUUCCGGACCAAGUGAAAUUUCUAUUUCUCAUCCUAGAAGUAAAUCGACUGCAAACCAAAAAAAAAUACAGUGCAAAGUUUCAAAAAUGUACCAUAAUUUUUGAGUUCCUGAAAAGUAGUAAUUUUUACAUUAUUAAACUAUACAAUUGGAACUGACUGCUGAAUAAAAUGGGAAUCGAUGAUUUAUGUCAACCUAGUAAAAUGUUUGUCUAAAGACCCACUAAUAAUGCCUACUUACAAAUACACUCGUCUUAAAAAGUAUAGCUUAAGUAGAUUCUGACCAAACGUUUUUAUUUUCUCCAAAAAAUAGCAAGUAAUGAAACUUAGGAGUGUUUAAUAGUGAUUUUUAAUUUAUUAAAAUUAAAAAUCAAAGAAUAACAGGCAAAAAUAAUUAAAAUAACAAUUAUAAAAAUAAAAAAGUCCAAGGAAGGGGUGGGAGGCUAAUGGCCUUAGUAGUCGAUGCCGAUGUCACCAAAUUAAAAAAAAAGUCCAAAGAUAUUAUUUUAGUAUUUGGUAUUGGCACCUCUGGCUCUAAUGACAUCCCUCAUUCUCUGUAGAAGGCUUCUUAUCAGAACCCUUUUGGACUCAAAAUUUACAUUUUUCCAUUCUUAUCUUAAACUAUUUUCCAGCUGAAGUGAUAUUACGAGCUCCUAUUCGCCUUUCUAUGUUCAACUGGGUUUAAGUCUAGACUAAUUACUGACCAAUCUAAAACUUGAAUAGCAAUCAACAUCUUGAAGUUAUUCCAUUGCUAUUCUAGCAAUGUUGCAAGCGAACGUUGUCUUGCAUAAUAACAAAAUUCCCUCUAAUAAUUGGAAUACAGGAGACUAUAUUUUCCGCAAGAACCUCCCUUCUAUACCGAUCAAUUUUCACUGUUCCUCUUCGAAACAUAUUAUAUAAUGGAGCCAUCUCCCAACAUUUCUGGCAGCUCUUAUGUUCUACUGAACAAAUCGCUCACCUGCGUGUCAAUAAACUGUAAUACAUCUAUCAGAUCCAAAAAGAGAAAAUCUUGACUCAUCCGUAUAAAGAAUAUUAGCC